AGCUGUUUUCUUGGUGAGGCCGGUGAUGACUGACGUUACCGUUGCUGCCGUUUGCUCCGGCAUAAAUGAUUCAUGUUCUCUCGCCGUUUACCUCACCGGAGUACAACAAGUGACGGUGGGACUAGGGACAAUGGUAAUGAUGCCAGUGAUCGGAAAUCUAUCCGACAGAUAUGGAAUCAAAGCAUUGCUCACUCUUCCCAUGUGCCUCUCUAUUCUUCCUCCAGCGAUAUUAGGGUAUAGAAGGGAUACAAAUUUUUUCUAUGCAUUUUAUAUAACCAAGACUCUAUUCGAUAUGGUCUGCCGAGGCGCUGUUGACUGUCUCUCUCAAGCUUAUGUGGCGAAAAAUGUUCAGGGCAAAAAAAGAAUAGCAAUGUUUGGAGUUUUGGCUGGUGUCAAAAAAAUUUCCGGAGUUUUUGCAACAUUCUCAGCUCGUUUUCUCCCUGUAGCUUCGACUUUUCAGCUUGAUAAAGAGUAGUACCAUACUCGUUCAAGCAUUGGUUGUUACAUUCUUUUUUACCUUAUCACAAAGUGGAAUGGGGUCUGCUUUCAUGUAUUCUAUGAAAGCUCGUUUUGGUUUCAAGAAAAAUGACUUUGCUGAGCUCUUUCUAUUGGACCACAUCAUUGGCUCCACCUCCCAGCUGUUUAUACUGCCGAUAUUGGUUUCUGCCAUUGGAGAACGUUGGGUGUUAUCAACAGGGCUUCUUAUGGAAUUUUUAAACGCAGCUUGUCUUAGUGUUGCUUGGUGAUCAGCAUGGGUUCCUUAUGCCACGACCGUGCUUGUACCGGGAGCCAUGUUCGUGAUGCCAUCAAUUUGUGGUAUUGCCUCAAGACAAGUUGGAUCCGGUGAACAGGGGAAGGUCCAAGGAUGCAUAGCCGGGGUAAAGUCCUUAGCUGGAGUUUUAGCUCCAUGUAUAUUUAGUCCAUUAACAGAUGAUUGGAUUCCUUCAGAGUCUUCUGUUAAAAGAUCUUCAUUCUCCAUUAGUGAAUAAAGCAAUCAACAAGACAUCAUAAUAAGAAGCUUCACAAGAGAUACCUCAUCAUGAAGCAAAUGCAACUUGAAUCUUGUAAAAAUUUGCUCCAAAAGUUUAUUUGUAACGAACUCGGAGCUAAAGGUUGUUAAAACCCACUUACUUUUCUAUACAUUUCAUUUUUGCAGAUUGUUUUUUCUUUUUUGCUUGAGUAGGUAAUACUGAUCAUUUUAUUUUCACUGAAUGAAAACUUAUUCAUUUG